GAAAUGGAUAUUGGAUUAGCAGUUGGGGGUGCAUUGCUUUCUUCAGUUCUGAAUGUUCUCUUCGAUAGGCUUGCUCCUCUGGGCGAGCUGCUGAAGAUGUUUCAGAGGGACAAGCAUGAUGUUCGAUUAUUAAAGAAGUUGAGAAUUACCUUGCUUGGUCUUCAGGCUGUUUUAUGUGAUGCAGAGAAUAAGAAGGCAUCAAAUCUAUACGUGAGCCGGUGGCUUAAUGAGCUUCAAGAUGCUGUGGACAAUGCUGAAAACUUAAUGGAAGAAAUCAAUUAUGAAGUUCUGAGAGUUAAGGUGGAAGGUCAGCAUCAAAAUCUUGCAGAAACAAGCAACCAACAGGUAAGUGACCUCAACUUAUGUUUGAGUGAUGAACUUUUUCUUAACAUGAAGGAGAAGUUGGAAGACACCAUAGAAACAUUGGAGUUGGAAAAGCAAAUUGGUCGCCUUGACCUAAAGGCAUAUCUUGACUCGAGUAAACAAGGAACUAGAAAACUUUCAACUUCUGUGGUUGAUGAAUCUGAUAUUUUUGGUGGGCAGAAUGAAAUAAAGGAAUUGGUUGACUGCUUAUUAUCUGUUGAUGCAAACGGAAAAAAUUUGACUGUAAUUCCUAUAGUUGGAAUGGCUGGGGUUGGCAAGACAACACUUGCUAAAACUGUUUACAAUUAUGAGAAUAAGGUGAAAGACCAUUUUAAUUUGAAAGCUUGGAUCUGUGUGUGUGAACCAUAUGAUGCUUUCAGAAUAACAAAAGGGUUACUUCAAGAAAUUGGCUCAUUUGACUCUAUGGUUGAUAACAAUCUUAAUCAGUUUCAAAUAAAAUUGAAGGAAAGCUUAAAGGGAAAAAAGUUUCUUAUUGUUUUAGAUGAUGUGUGGAAUGACAACUCUAAUGAGUGUAAUGAUUUGAGAAAUCUUUUUGUACAAGGGGAGGUAGGAAGUAAUAUCAUCAUGACGACACGUAAAGAAAAUAUAGCCUUGAUGAUGGGAAGCAGUCCAAUUAGAGUUGGGAUUCUGUCUAGUGAAGCCUCUUGGAAUUUAUUCGAAAAACAUGCAUUUGAAAGCAGGGAUCCUGAGGAAUAUGCAAAACUUAAAGAGCUUGGGAAACAAAUUGUUGGCAAGUGUAGAGGAUUGCCUUUGUCUUUAAAGACACUUGCUGGCCUUUUACGCUCCAAAACAGAGGUUGAUGAGUGGAGACACAUUUGGAGAAGUGAAAUUUGGGAGCUUCCAAGUCGUCCAAAUGACAUUUUACCAGCCUUAAUAUUGAGCUAUGAUGAUAUUCCUGCACAUUUGAAGCGAUGCUUUGCCUAUUGUGCAAUAUUUCCCAAAGAUUAUCCAUUUUGCAAAGAACAAGUCGUUCAAUUAUGGAUUGCUAAUGGUCUUGUACAGCCGCUGCAACAAGAUGCCACAAUUGAAGAUUCAGGCAAGCAAUACUUUCUCGAGUUGCAAUCAAGAUCAUUGUUCGAAAGGGUCUGAGGGUCUUCUAAAAGGAAUGCAUAGGAAUUCUUAAUACAUUACCUUGUCAAUGAUUUGGCCCAAAUUGCAUCUUCAAAACUAUGCAUUAAUUUGCAAGAUAACAAAGAAUCUCACAUGUUGGAAAAAUGUCGGCACCUAUCAUAUUCAGUGAGAUAUGGUGACUUUGAGAAAUGGUAUCACAGCCUUGGUUAUUUAUCCGGGUUGUUACGGAAUGGAGGCGAAUAUGAGCAGCAUGCUCAUAAACCGGAGAGUAUAUCCGAUGAAGAUUGGGAUUUUGAGAACCAACAAGUAUGUGGAUAUAUAAGACAAUGGGUUGAAGAUAAUGUUCGCAACCAUAUUGUGAACGAGAUACAUGCGAGAUCAUUGCGGGAAAAGCUAGAGACUCUUUAUGCUUCAAAAAUCAAGAACAACAAAUUGUUUCUGCUAAAGCAGUUGAUGACCUUUAAAUACAAGGAAGGAAGCCCUAUCCUUGAUCACAUAAAUGAUUUCCUGGGCGUCCUUGAUCAGCUAUCUGGAAUGGGAGUUAAUUUCGAUGAUGAGAUACAAGGACUUUGGCUUCUUAAUACUCUGCCAGACUCUUGGGAAACUCUUCGUGUUUCUUUGACAAAUUAA